UAGCCGUGGCCAGUAAAACACCUCCAUUUUUUUCACAUAAAUACUUUCAGCCAUUUGUUCUUUUUUCUGCGCGAUCACCUUGGCCGUAGCACCGAACAGGUUGCUCGCUUCAAUUGCCAUUGCCACUCCGCGGUUUAAAACGUAAAUUACCUGUCAAAGUGACGUUUGGAAGCGCGCGAAACGGAUUCGCGCCUAGACUCGCGAGUUUUCUUUUUCUGAAAGUUCAAAUUUCAAGUUUCGAAGAUGAAGGAGCUGAAUGGAGUCGUCUCUACCAGCCAGUGCGAGACGAAUGGCAUGAUCGUCGCUAAGAACGGGAAAAAAGAAAAUAACGGCCACGAGAACUGCACAUUCCACCAUGACCUGGAGCUGGACCACAGACCACCCACCAGAGAGGCACUACUGCCUGACAUGGCCAACUCCUACAGACUGCUACUCACAGGAUUGGGAGAGGACCCAGAGAGGCAAGGACUCCUGAAGACACCAGAAAGAGCAGCCAAAGCCAUGCUUUUCUUCACCAAGGGCUACGACCAGAGUUUGGAAGAGGUCCUGAACAACGCCAUCUUCGACGAGGACACCGACGAGAUGGUGGUCGUGAAAGAUAUUGAGAUGUUCUCCAUGUGUGAGCACCAUCUGGUCCCCUUCUACGGGAAGGUGUCCAUCGGGUAUCUGCCCCAGGGCAAGAUCUUGGGGCUUAGCAAGCUGGCUAGGAUCGUUGAGAUUUUCUCCCGGCGCCUUCAAGUGCAGGAGCGCCUGACCAAACAAAUUGCCAUCGCGGUCACCCAAGCCGUCCGUCCAGCGGGCGUUGCCGUCGUCAUUGAAGGAGUGCACAUGUGCAUGGUGAUGCGAGGGGUUCAGAAGAUCAAUAGCAAGACGGUGACGUCAACCAUGCUCGGAGUCUUCCGCGACGACCCCAAGACGAGGGAGGAGUUCCUCAACUUGGUCCACACGAAGUGAGCCCGACGCUGUUUGUGUUCGUCCGCAGUUGUUUUUCGAUGGUCUUUUGUUUUUUUUUCUGUUUUCUUUUGUCUUUUUUUGUAUUUUUCCCGUUUUUUCUUUAGUUUUUUUUAUUUUCCCGUUUUUUCUUUGUUUUUCUUUCUUUUUUUGUUAUUUUUUUUACUGUUUUCUUCAAUUUUAGAGUUCUUUUUAGGCAUUUUUAUGAAUAAUGUUUGCCAAUACAGUCUUUUUGAUAAGGAUGAUCAGUUCAACGUUCAUUAUCGGAACUGCAAUUUAUGUAAAAUGCAUCUAGCUACUAAACUAGCACUUUUACAUUAAUAAGAGUGCGGUUACGUUAACCAGAUUGUUAAAGUUGCUUUGUAUAAAAAGAGACUUGUGUUUAAAAAUAUUAUUCAAGCAAACAAUUUACAAAUACUGUAAUUUGAUAUAACGACAUAAUUUCAACUGCUAAGAAUUCAGAUUAGAAAAUCAACAUACAUUUGAAGGCUAUGUUAUUUAGUACAAAGUUUUUUUGUUUGUCUGAAAAGCCAUAUUGUGUUAUUGAAUUAAUUUUAAACAGAUCAUUGAAAAAUAACUCUCAAGAACACAUUUUUAUUUAAUUUUAAAUUAUAGUUUAAUGCAGCUUUUUCCUAAAUAAAUAUGGCGUAAGCCUAAGUAAAUAAAUAAAAACAAAAUGGCCUAUGGAGGGGGUGCCAAAUUGUUAUUUUUCUCGAAUUUUAUAUUUAUUAGUUAAUCACUUUGAAAAUAUUGAACAUACUCUGAAACUUAUUUAUUUUUAAUAUUUUGAGACAAAAUCGAACAUAAUUAACAAUAAAAUACAUUCCUUUCCACACACAGUAUUUUUUAUAAAAUAAUAUAAUUAAUAAGUAUACAAAAAGGAAUCAAAACUGCCUUAGUUGUUAAUAUUAUUUUAAUAUUAUUAUUUUGCAAUUAUAUAUUUUAUUUAGCAAAGCUUUGCAAUGAGCUUUUUCUCUUUUACGCUCAGAAAUAUAAAAGUUUUAUGAAUUUACACGAACAGAUAAAAAUUAUAUUGUGUAAAUUAAAAUAUUUACUUGACAAUACAAAUUAUAUUUUAUGAUAAAUAAAUUUUAUUGCGAUUUUUGGUGAAUGUGGUAGAAAUAUAUUGCCCAAAUCUACUGCAUUGUCCAAAAAAAAACUGAUUUACAUUUGUUAAUAGACCAGUACAAGGAGCGUCAUUCACUUAGACUUUUAACAAAAAAAAUUAGAUUAAUUUUUUUGAGGACCAAAUUUUUUUAAACAAAAAUCUCAAGCGACAUGGCUGACGCUAGACAUUUUUGUGAAAAUCCUUUUUAUGAUAUUUUUGUGUAGGUAAAUCAUUUUAUUAAUGAUUGUACCAUAACGUUGCCUUAGCUGCUAAAUUGUGAAAAUAAGAUUUUUGAUAUGUUUAUGUAAUCUUUAUAAAAUGUGUAACUCGGAUAGUUAUCUGAUUUUAUGAAUAAAAGUUUUUAUUUUAAGUUGAA